CCACACGGCAACCGCCAUGCAUCCUCCAAAGCGGACAGUCACGCGACAUCAGCAGGCUUGCUAUUGCCUGCCGUCUCUUCGUUUGCCUUCCCUCCCUGCUCAACGCUAGUGACCAUGUGAUCAAGCCAACACCAUCUCUACCUCCGCCUCGCGAUGGAAGCCUUCUCUGCCCGGUGCAACCACCUCGCCCGUCCAUCUGCCUUCAACACCACCCUCGCCGCCGUCCUCGUUGCCGGCAUCCUCUUCUCUUACCUCCCACAACACAUCAAGAUCAUCCGGCAACGCACUUCCGAGGGUCUGUCGCAUUGGUGGGUGUUACUUGGCGCUCUAAGCUCCAUCACCGCUCUCGGCAACAUUGUGACGCUGCCGGCCAGUCGCGCAGAUGUUGCGUGCUGUAAGGAGAUCAGUGGAGGAGCAUGCGCGGCGGCAUUGUUAGGCGUUGCGCAGAUAGGGAUCCAGUGGAUGUGUUUCAUGUUCAUUGUCAUGCUCUUCCUGAUCUUCUUUCCCGCCAAACAAGAACAAGACUCCCGCAGUCCUACCGCGCCGCACCGCCGCGAUGCCAUUCUUGUAGGCUCAGCAACUCUACUAGCGCUACUGGUCACUGGAAUCGUCUCGCUUGCGUUGGUCGCAGCUUAUCCACAGCGAACACAAGCGUGGGCCGACGUCCUCGGGUCCAUCUCUGGCGUAUUGGCUAUGAUCCAAUACGUCCCGCAGAUUUACCAUACCUACCGCCUAAGCGACAUCAAAUCUCUGAGCAUCGCUACCAUGCUCAUCCAGGCACCAGGCGCAUUUCUCUUCGCAUUCAGUCUUUGGCAACGCGUAGGCUGGGAAGGAUGGAGCACGUGGCUCGUGUACGUUGUUACGGGACUACUACAGGGUGUACUUCUCGGGCUGGCGGUGUACUUCCAUGUCACGAAUAGGAAGGCGCGCAAAGCGCAUGAUGACGACGGCUUCUUCUCGGCAACGGUUGACGAUGUCGACGGUGCGGCGGUUGGCGCGGAGGAUGUGGAUGAGCGGACUGCGCUGCUGAGCAAUGGUCGCAAAGGCAGCACCAAGAGCCGACCAAUUACGAGCACGCAGAGGAGUGAUGCUAGUCAGAGGCAGUUGGGCAUGCUGUAUGCGGCAACGCCUCCGGAGCAUGAUUCUGACCGGAGCAGCUCUGGACGAGGCCCAUGAAACUUCUGCGAGCUAAAAGUCUGCCUUCGCAUAAUAGCAGGCCGGGUGCAUCUCCUUUUACUUCCACUACUCCUGCGGCGUCGUUUGCCGCCCGUCUUGUGCGUGCUGACAGCCUUACUCUGCAGGUAUGUCGG